AUGCCCUCCACUUACAUCAACAUCCUCUUAGCAUUCACCAUAGCCCUCCUAGGACUACUAUUAUACCGAUCACACAUGAUAUCCUCUCUCCUGUGCCUGGAAGGCCUAAUACUAGCCCUAUUUAUCCUAAGCACCCUAAUAGCUUUAAAUACCCACCAUACACUAUCCGCCGUACUACCCAUUGUUCUUAUGGUGUUCGCAGCUUGUGAAGCCGCAUUAGGCCUAGCUCUCCUAGUAAUAGUCUCAAAUACCUAUGGACUAGACUACGUACAAAAUCUAAACCUCCUACAAUGCUAA